CCGAGGGGAGGAUACCGCUCGGCCUCUCGCUCUCUUCUUCCGACUAACCGAUGGAGACCCGCCCUUCCGUCGCUGCCUGAAGGAGCUGCGCCUUACCUCGUAAAGCCAAAGUCGCCGCCGAGAUGCCGAUCGACGUCGGAGCUGUGGACUGGCCCGCCAACUUGACGGACGCGCUCAACGGCAGCGACCCGCACCGCGAGGACGACUGGCCACUCGCUGACUACUCCAACUCCACGUUUCUCGGGUCUUUGUUAUCCUGCGCCGUGUGGACAUCCCCGCAACACCUGCUCUUCCAACUGGCCAACGGCUGCUUCUUCGUCAGCUAUUUGGCUCCGUCGCAGCGCAAGGGGCUGCUCUUCAUGCACGGGAUUCUUAUCCUCGGAUUCUUGUUGUACUCCACGUGGGCGUGGAACAUUAUAUGUGCUCCAGACGUGUUCUCUUGGAAUUUCACCUUCAUGCUGCUCAACAUGGGUCAGACUCUCUACAUUAUCUACCAGAUGAGGCCUGUCAAGGUCAACAGAGAGCUUGAGGCGAUGUAUGAGGCCCUCUUUCAGCCCCUCAACGUGCCCCGGCUUUUGUUCAAGAGGCUGGUGUCGGUGGAGUACGCGCAGGUGCUGUCGCUCCACGCAGGGGAGGCGUAUGCUAUGCAGAACCUCACUCGCACGGAUCGCCUGGGUCUUCUGCUGUCCGGCAAGGUGAAUGUCAUGGCGGAUAACCAGUUCCUGCAUGCCAUAACCAGCAUGCAGUUCCUGGAUUCGCCUGAGUUCGAGUCAUCCCGCGCGUCACUGGACGACAAAUUUAAGGUGUCCAUCAUAGCCGCCACUACGUGCAGGUACGUGUUCUGGCAGCGCACGAGCCUGGAGUACUUGUUCGUGAAGGAGCCGUACUUGGCGACUGUCCUGUCCACCAUCAUCGCGAGGGACAUAACUUCCAAACUCUAUAACAUGAAUCAAAAGAUCGUGACCGAGAAGGGGUCCCACCUGGACAUCCGGCUGCCUCUGCUGACGUCAUCGCUGUCGUCAUCGUGUGGGGGGGACAGCUCGCUCCGCUCCCCUGCGCGCUGCUCCAUCAGGUCACUCUCUUUUGUGUUUAAUUUCGUUCGUUUAUUCGUUUGUGUGCGUCAUGUUCAUGUUUCUUGGCAUACGUAUAUUUGCAUGUUAUACUACCUACAGCACACAUACACAUAUAAACCCUUCAGAAUGUACGGUGUACGUACACACUGUUGUGGGCGAUUGCAGUCCGGGGGCGGCGGUGUUGGCUGUGUGGGCGGGGGUCACGGGGGAAGCGACAGCAGCACCGGCGGCGUCGGGUGCACGGGCGGCCUGGCGUCGUCUCUGGCGGGUGUGGCAGGUUUGGGCAUGAGUGCCAAACAUGCUCGGCAUGGGUACACUAUCCUGCCUACAUCAGCCCCAGCGUACGAGGGGCGGGAGCCAGAGGCGCCGUGCCGCGAGGGGGGUCGCGGGGGGACCUUCCGCGACCACCUGGGCUACCGCGAGAACGGCUACGUGCCCAACGGCCGGCCCGAGAUGACCCCGCUCACCGAGCUGCCGUCCACGGACUCGCUCACGGACACCAGCCACGACAUCCAGACCUGGCUCGAAGACUCCUCUCGCUACGCCCACCAGUAGCCGUCCUCCGGAGCCGGUCGUUUCCUCUGUUCCGUCUUCGUUCGCAGUGCGGGAAUGUGGACGACGCCCAGUGUUUGGGUCGCAGUAUGAAGACAGUUGAGCGAUUUCAGUGAAAUCUCUUUUAUUUACAUUUAUCACACACACGCACACACACACAUACACACACACACACACACACCACACACACACACACACACACACACACACACACACA